AUGGAACAGGAAGAGCACGGAGGCCAUCCUAGCAUCAGUGCAAUCACAAAGUGGAGGCACAAUAAUGGUGGACUGCAAAAAGACAGUGGAACAGUGUAUGUUCUUGAUCCUGCACUGUCAAAUAACAUCAAGGCUUCAAAGAAAGCAGCAGCCAAAAUGACUGCCUAUCUAACAAUGAGAGACAAAACAUUGAAGACCGGAGCAUGGACAUCCAAAGUUUUGAAAGGAGGUGCAAUGAUUCAUCCUACACAGACAGAUGGAUGUAGCCGUGGGGUUAUUGUAGUCAUGAUGGCUAGAGCCAUUAUGGCUGACUAUCCAAAUCUUCCUGUCAUGGAUUUUUCCACAUCCAAGGAAAACAUGGAGCAAGAGAGGAGACAAAUGGCCUUGGAGAUUCUUGAAGUGUCUGAAAUGGAUCAACAAAACACAUGUUCCAUGUGUGCAGCAUUCAGGCCACCAGAAAAAAGACGAAAAGCCCAAACAAACUGGAUCUGUUGUGAUACUUGUGAUCGAUGGUUUCACACUUCCUGCAUAACCAUGAACGAGAAGGAUUUUGAUGUGGCCAAAAACAAAGACUGGUUCUGCUGCCUCUGCGAUUGA